ACGUUCAAUAACCCGACAAAAAUGACGAAUGCAGGACGAAGCUUGUAAGAAGGAGAAGGAGGAGAAUCGUCCCGACAAUCGCGAGCGAAAUCGAAGAAUCACCUCCUCCUCCCGCGACAACGCCUCCGGAGACCGAUGUCAUCCGAAGGCGCUGCAUCCUCCCAACCGCCCGCCGCAACCGCCGCCAAGGACGGCGACCGGGACGAUCCACCGAAGCGAUCGCCGCCGCCACCUCCGCCGCCGGAGAAGCCGCUGCCCGACGAUUGCUGCGGGAGCGGAUGCGUCCGGUGCGUGUGGGACAUCUACUACGACGAGCUCGAGGCAUACAACAAGCUGUACAAGAUCGACGGCUCCGGCACCGAUCCCUCGACGCCGUCCUGACCCGCGGGACCGCCGGUUCAUUUCCAGGUCCUCGCCGGAGGAACUCGCCGAUUCUUUCAUUCUUUAUUCCGAUGUCGUAUUCGAUUUGCGUUGAAUGCUUUGGAUUGUGCACGCCCGUUGUGGUCAAUUGCCCGAGACGUUGCUCGCUCGAGACGUCUGUAGAUUGAAACGGGUUUAGCUUCUUUGAUCGACUUUGAUGUUAAAGUUUGUAGCUUUGGGCAGUUUGAUUUUCAGGUGAAUGAAUCUUUGAGUUGAGAAAUUCUUAAUUUAGAAUGGCACAUGACCAUGUUAUUUCUUCGUCCUCUGUCUCAUGUUGAGAAAAGUUUAAGUCAAUGUAAUCUGGUUUCAGAUU